CGCAUUGGUUUCAAUUUCGUCAGUGCAAGAGUCCGGUCAUCACAUCGGGUUGUCCAGAGUUCAAAAUGAUACCGAGGUUAGCAAUCAUUGUACUCGCGAUAUCUGCAGCUUAUGCCAUCGAUUUCGAGAAAUCUUUGGGUCACAUUAAGCCCAAAACAAGUGAUUAUGUUCAAACAGAUGCCGUGAUUGCUUUAAUACAACGCGCGUUGCCGCAUCAUUACGAAAAAUUCGUUGUUUUCAUUAACCAAUCUAUUGCAGUUCAAGGAAAAGACGUUUUCAGUCUUCUUAAAUUGCGCGAUGGAAACAUCUUGAUAUUGGGAACAAGCGGAGUCGCAGCGGCUUCGGGAUUCAAUUACUACUUAAAGUAUUACUUGAAGAACCACAUCGCUUGGCAAACUAGUUAUGUUGACGUUUCCGAAGACCUUCCAAACAUAAACAUAACGAUCCCGUUCAACGACAAGUUUCGAUAUUAUCAGAACGUUUGUACAGCUGGAUACAGCUUCACUUGGUGGACUUGGAGAGAUUGGGAGAAGCAUAUAGAUUGGAUCGCUAUGAAUUCGUUCAAUCUGGUGCUUGCGUUCAAUGGCCAAGAAGCUAUUUGGAGGGAUGUUUUUAUGGCAUUAGGAAUGAAGUCAGAAGAAAUCGACGAUCAUUUCACGGGUCCAGCAUUUUUGCCAUGGAAUCGAAUGGGAAAUGUGAGAGGAUGGGGUGGACCGCUUCGGGUAUCUUGGCACGAGAGAACCGUACGGUUGCAGGAGAAAAUAUUGAGCAGGAUGAGAGAGCUAGGGAUUAUCCCGGUGCUACCAGCUUUUGCAGGACAAGUGCCUGCUGCUUUCAAAAGAUUAUUUCCUAACACUACUUUACACGCGUUGCCUAGAUGGAACAAUUUUAAUGAUACUUAUUGUUGCCCGUAUUUGCUGGAUCCCACGGACAGUUUGUUCAAAAAAGUUGGAAAUAUGAUUAUGACCGAAACGAUUCGCAGAUUCGGCACAGAUCACGUCUACAAUUGCGAUACUUUCAAUGAAAUGCCUCCAAUAUCGAGCGACGUGGACUAUUUGAGGGCCAUUGGCAGCUCCAUUUAUUCAGCGAUGACCGAUGUCGACCCGCAGGCUAUUUGGUUAAUGCAAGGAUGGUUGUUUCACUACGACUCGGACUUUUGGACUCCCGAUGCAGCGGAAGCUCUUUUAACAAGUGUACCCUUGGGAAAAAUGAUCAUACUGGAUUUACAAUCGGAACAACACCCACAAUACGGUCGAUUCGAUUCAUACUUUGGACAACCAUUCAUCUGGUGCAUGUUACACAAUUUUGGUGGCACAUUGAGUAUGUUUGGAUCUUCGGAUAUCAUCAAUCAGAGGGUUUUCGAGGCAAGAUUGAUGAAAGGCGGCACAAUGAUUGGAACUGGAUUAACACCGGAAGGUAUCAAUCAGAACUACGCAAUCUACGACUUGAUGACCGAAAUGUCUUGGAGGCAGGAACCCAUCGAGGAUUUGACGCAUUGGUUCUCGGAGUACGCCCUGAGGAUGUACGGCUCGGAUGAUGGCAAUCUGCAGAAAGCGUGGCACGUUCUGCAAAAAACCGUUUACAAUUUCAAAGGAUUGCAAAAACAACGCGGAAAAUUCACUUACAACAAAUCGCCGAGCACACGAUUGAAAACCUGGACCUGGUACAGUCACUGCGAAUUGCUGGAAGCUUGGGAUUACUUCUUGGAAGGAGUUUCUACGACUCGCGCAUAUAACCAUGACGUGGUAGAUUUAACACGACAAGUUCUGCAGAAUUUCGCUGACGAAUACUACGAUCGACUCAUUGCCGGUUUUAAAGCGAAAAAUAUUACGCAAUUUCGGGAUUCGGCGAAUGUAUUUUUAGAGGUUUUCGAUGAUGUAGAAAAGAUAUUGCGGACCGACGAAAAUUUCUUACUCGGGUCAUGGAUCAACGCAGCUAAAGCCUGUGCACUCAACGAUGAGGACCGGAAACUGUACGAAUUCAAUGCGAGAAACCAAAUCACACUCUGGGGUCCGAAUGGUGAAAUUAAAGAUUACGCUAAUAAACAAUGGUCUGGUAUGGUUUCGCACUUCUUCCAACCCCGAUGGACCGCUUUCAUCCGAGUAAUGAACGAAUCUUUGACAAAAGGAAUAGAAUUUAAGGAAUCCAAAGUUGCCUAUCAAGUGUUUAAAACCAUAGAAGAGCCCUUCAGUUACGCACAGAACGUAUUUCCAGACCAACCAUUCGGUGAUGCAGUGGCGAUCGCGAAAGAAAUACACCUCAAAUGGAGAAAACGUGGUCACUGCCGGAUGGAACGUUCGAGAAGUUACGAGAGUGAAGUGCGCGAAGAAUUGUUAAAGCAGAAGGACGAAGCGCGAAUCAUUCUGGUAUUAUAAACAUUGACUUAUUCAUUUACGAAUAAAUUUGAUUUGAUUUUUUUA